UUAAUAAGUAUUGUUAUCGCAUUAUCUUUGGUUUAUAAACUUUCUAUAAUUGUAUAAUCUUAAAGUAAGUAAGAUGACGCCCGAUGGUGGCACAUGGCUAACCAACUCUCUAUGCCUUGGAGAGUGUACAAAGUUCAAAGCUCAAGGGUUGGCCUUUGAAGUCUCCAAGAGAAUCAAUUUCAGAUGCCCAAAUUAUUAAUUUGCAGCUUGGAGCUGUUGUUGCUCCUCAAAUCUCGAAGCAAAUUAACAAACAAUGGACUGGUUUCUGGGUUUGAUCAUAUUAUUUGAGAGUUGAAAUGAAUCUUGAGAAGAAAAUAGAAGAAGAGUACUUCUUGAUGAGUUUGGCUUCAAUUUUGUUGAAGAGGCCUUUUUUAUGGGUCUCUCUCCAUGCCCCUCCACUUCUUCAUAUCUUUGGCCUUCGUUUCUUACACCUCCUCCUUACUUCUGCUGCUUUGUUCUUCUCCUCUUUCUUCUUCCCAAUCUCACGUACUCAUUCUUCACUCCAACCAUCAAAACAAGAUCAAGAUCAAGAACGAGACUAUAUUGCCACUGAAGAUAUUACCGGGAAAUCCGAGGAUAACCUUGAGACUACCAAUGAAGAGGAUGAUGAUGGCGCAAUACCCGAUGAUGAGAGUCUCAUAGAGUUGUCUUUACCGAGUGGUCACUAUGUUGGUCACCACUACACUAGUAACAAGAACAAUCUCUGUCUCCACAACAAGGUUCAAGAUUUCCCGCUCUUUGACCUAUUAACUGAGUUAAAUGAUUUUAUCGAAGAAGAUAAUCUCAUUGAAAUCGAUAUCUCCAUCGGAUCCAUUAAGUAUUCAAGGUUUGAGAUCAAAGCUUGAUGUAUUUACAUCCAAAUGCUUUUCUUCUUCUUUUUUUUGUGCACAAUAUCCGGUGCUUUGCAAAGAAGAUCUGUCUUCCUAAUCUGUAUCUACAAUUGUAUACCUAAUCUGUCUUCCUUUUUUUUCCCCCAUAUAUGUUGGGGAUUUCGUAUAAUUAUUAUCUGAAUAAAACUCAGAUGGCAAAUUAAUUUUAGUA